AUGAACAAGAUAAUGCUAAGGACUGCCAGUGGCACAACAGAUAUUAUGCAUGGAGAAGGGAAAGCUCAGGAGCUCAAGGAGACAGCUAGCAACCAAACAGUUUAUGGAAGUGGAAUGGAUAAAAUGGAAGAGCCUCUCUAUAACGCCAAUCAUAUGUGGCAGAUGGAUGGAGACAGUUCCUGGGAUGAUGAGACCUCUGUCGUCCUACAGUUGAUCUGUGCCGAUGUUUUACUGUGGCUUUUCCUGGUUUUGUUAUAUUUCUGGAACAGCGGAGAACAGACACUCUCAGUUUUUCUCUUGCUCUUUAUUGUGAAAAUGGGAGGAGUCCUACUGCCCUUCUGGUGGUUAUUCCCCAAUAUCUACAGAAGCGGACAUUCAAGCCAAGUUAUUCCUCCAGAGGUCGAGCUAGAAGAUACCCAAGCACUUGAUUGUCUACAGAGCCUUUACAUCAGCAAUGUUGUGGUGCUUUUCCUGAGUAUUGUUGUGUUACAUCUGUGGAGCAAGGAGAAUAGAAGGCAAAUGAAAGAUAUCGGCCAAACUAUCAUGUUAACUGCAGCACCUGUCAUAUCAGCAGCAGUAUCUCUUGUGUGCUCUGUACUUUCUUUGGGAAACAUGUUGGUAAAGACACCAGCCAACAAAAAGGAAAAAACAGUCAGCCAAAGAAAGAAAUCGAACAAAAAGAAACACAAAAGGGCCAUAAAUCAACCAGAACCACAACCCACGGUCAGCCUGGAGCAAAGAGAUUCUGCUCAAGAGCUUGUGGAGCCAAUGGAGUCUGCACAGGAGAUUGUGGAACCAGAAGACUCUGCUCAUGAAAAAGUGGGCCCAUUAUAUUCUGCAAUCAUAGAAGAAAUGUUGCUUGUGGAUGGUUGCAAUGAAGAAAUUGCUGAAGUUGGCCAUGAAGAUAUUCCCAGGGCAAAACCUUGUAUGAGGAAUAAUUGUGUCUAUAAUGAGGAUCUAGAUACCACUGUUUUGACCACAGAACCCACUGAGAGCCAAGAAACAGAAGUCAUUUCUUUUCCUGAGAAGAAGAAGAAAAAGAAAAAAAUCAUCCGCUUAUUCCAGUUCAUUCAAAAUCUCAAAGACACCAGAAAAAAAAAGAGUGGGAAAUCCAAGAAACAAAACAUUUUCAUGAACCUAACAUCAUGUUUCAGGUGCCAUUCAGUAGACUCUGAUGAUCCCUAGACCGGAGGACAAUCUAUUCCAAAAUAUUUGUUUAUAUUUAUAUAUUUUUUUUUUUACUAUACAUCAGUUAUGAAUAAAAUUUCUAUAUAUAUAUGAAAAUUGAUGAGAUGGAAUCAUAAACCUUUUUGUGUGUUGAAAGAAAUGAUUUAUUUAGUGUCACCUUCUAGUGACCGGGAUUCUGUUAAGUCGCGCAUUCAUGUAAGACAGUUACAGUCAAUAUGAAAGAUUUUGUGGGGUUCACAUCUGGCACCUAUAUAUUUUUAAAGGGAUGUAUUCUGAGCAGGCCUGAACUGAGAA